AGCUGGGCAAUUCUGGGAGCAUUUGCCUUCCACGUUUCUAAAUUCCUCCCCUUACGAGUUCACACCGUGAACAGCAAGCCACCCAAGUCCAUCAGACGCUGACUCAAGGUAAAGGAAGAGUGGAAAUGCGGUUCUGGAAAGAGCUUCUAGCUCUUGGGGUGCCAUUUGUCCUUCUACCCAGCCUUGUUCCCUCUACUGAGACAGAAAGACCCCGGGCCCAGGAGAGCAGCAGCACCUGGAAUCCGGGCCACCUGACGGGAGUACUCCAAGCUCUCUCUGCCGAUGACUCCCUACCUCGGAACCAUUCUAGAAGCCUCAUGAAAACGUUGUUGGAGAAAACUGGCUGCCCACAGAGGACACAUGGGACGCAAGAAGACUGCAAUCUGUGCUUUGAAGCGGAUGCCCUGUUGCGGAUCGCUGGAGGAGGUGUCGAGGGUCAGCUCCGAGAGGAAGUGGUCCAGCGUGUUUCGAUUCUCCUCCUCUAUUACAUUAUUCAUCAGGAAGAGAUCUGCUCCUCCAAGCUCAACAUGAGUAAUAAAGAGUAUAAAUUUUACCUGCACAGCCUCCUCAGCCUCAGGCAGGACGAAGACUCCGAUUUCCUUUCACAGAAUGAGACAGAAGAUAUCCUGGCUUUCACCAGGCAGCACUUUAACACUUCUAGAAGCCAGUGUUUGGAAACCAAAGUGCUACAGGAAAAGUCUGGAAUACUGAGCAGGGAUGGUGCUGAUGAAAACACACUUCCUCGGUUGGCAGCGACGAUCAUCACUUUGUCCCUCCAAGGGGUCUGUCUGGGGCAAAGAAACUUGCCUUCGCCAGACUAUUUUACGGAAUAUAUUUUCAGUUUUUUGAAUAGUACAAAUACUCUCCACCUAUCGGAACUAGACCAACUCCUCAACACUCUCUCGACCAAAAGUACCUGUAUCAGAAAAGAUGAACUCCAUCACCUUGAAAGGAAACAAAAAAACCUAACAAUUUCUGAGUGGGGGUACCCUAAUCUGUCUGUAUCCACGGACCAAGAUUCGGAAGACAGUUCAGUUUCCUGGGAGAAGACGUGCUUCUCUGCCGGGCAGCUGGUAGAGAUAUUUCUACAAAACAGCCUUUCACCCAUUUCCAAGGAAGACUUUAAGCAAAUGAGUCCAGGAAUCAUCCAGCAAUUGCUCAGCUGUUCUUGCCAGCUGCCCAAGGACCAACACGCAAAACUGCCACCAACCACUCUGGAGAAAUACGGCUACAGCACAGUGGCCGUGGCCCUGCUCACCCUGGGCUCCAUGCUUGGGACAACGCUGAUUCUCUUCCACAACUGUAAGGAGAACUACAGGCUUAUUUUGCAGCUGUUUGUGGGUCUGGCCGUUGGGACGCUUUCUGGGGAUGCCCUGCUCCACCUUAUCCCUCAGGUGCUUGAUUUACAUAAGCAGGAAGGCUCAGAGUUUGGACAUUUCCAUGAAAGCAAAAGCCAUAUUUGGAAACUGUUAGGAUUAAUUGGAGGCAUCCACGGAUUUUUCUUGAUAGAAAAAUGUUUUAUUCUUCUUGUAUCACCAAAUACCAAGCAGAGCAUGUCGUUGGUUAAUGGGCAUGUGGAACAUUCCCACCAUCUCGCACUCAACUCUGAAUUAAGUGACCCGUCAGGCAGAGGCAAAUCUGCUUCAACGAUCCAGUUGAAAGGCCCAGAAGAUUCACAGGCAGCUGAAAUUCCUGUAGGCAGUAUGAGAGCCUCUGACAAAAAAUACAAAACCAUUAGCUUGUUGGCAGUCAUGAUACUGGUUGGGGACAGCCUGCAUAAUUUUGCAGACGGCCUCGUGAUAGGAGCUGCCUUCUCAUCUUCGUCCGAGUCCGGAGCCACCACAACCCUCGCUAUCUUGUGUCAUGAAAUUCCACAUGAAAUUGGAGACUUUGCUGUGCUCUUAAGCUCUGGACUUCCCAUUAGGAUUGCCAUCCUUAUGAAUUUCAUAAGUGCUCUAACUGCCUUCGUUGGACUGUAUGUUGGUCUCUCAGUAUCAGCUGAUCCGUGUGUUCAGAACUGGAUCUUAACAGUGACUGCAGGGAUGUUCUUAUAUUUAUCCUUGGUGGAAAUGCUUCCUGAAAUGACUCAUGUUCAAACACGGCGACCCUGGUUGAUGUUUCUCCUGCAGAACUUUGGAUUGACCCUAGGCUGGCUUUCUCUCUUUCUGUUGGCUAUAUAUGAACAAAAUAUUAAAAUAUAAGUUAAGAGUCUCACACUUUUUCAAAAAUGAAUUUAUAUGGCCUCAUGUUGUCUCUUUCUUCAUACUCUAUAGUGAUUGUAAGUUAAGUAUUUUAUGAUGCAUUUUUGUAGGAUGCAAAUAUCUGGUUGUUCUCAGUUGAAAUUCUGGUUUAGUCCCCAGCGCCAUGAUGAAACUCAUACCUUUUUCAGUAAUUAAUAAAUUCUAAAUUAAUUCUGGUAAACUUUAAAACAAUAUUGUUUUGCUAAUAAAGAAAUGUUUGUAGUUUUUGAAGUGGACAGAGGUCUGUUAGGAUACAAUCGGCUGCAGCUUCUUUGAUGUCAAUAUUUUUCUGCUUGUAAGAUGAUAAACCAUAAGGAAAUGAAAUGACAGACAAAUAGAAUAAAGUCUAGUGUUAAUGUGGUGA